CAAGCGCGGGCACCAGGUCCUAAGGUGGCCAUCCCAGACACGGGCCAGAAGAUUCGAGGCAGAGCCAGAACCCCAGGACGCAGAGGUCCCAAUCAGGGCAGGCGCGGGGCGCAGCCCCGGACGCUAUGGCCCACCCCUCCGGCUGGCCCCUCGUGUAGGAUGGUAGCACGUAACCAGGUGGCAGCCGACAAUGCGAUCUCCCCAGCAGCAGAGCCCCGACGGCGGCCAGAGCCCUCCUCAUCCUCGUCUUCGUCCUCGCCGGCGGCCCCCGCGCGUCCGCGGCCCUGCCCUGCGGUCCCGGCCCCGGCCCCUGGCGACACUCACUUCCGCACGUUCCGCUCCCACUCUGAUUACCGACGAAUCACGCGGACUAGCGCUCUCUUGGACGCCUGCGGCUUCUACUGGGGACCCCUGAGCGUGCACGGGGCGCACGAGCGGCUGCGUGCUGAGCCCGUGGGCACCUUCCUGGUGCGCGAUAGUCGCCAACGGAACUGCUUCUUCGCGCUCAGCGUGAAGAUGGCUUCGGGCCCCACGAGCAUCCGCGUGCACUUCCAGGCCGGCCGCUUCCACCUGGACGGCAGCCGCGAGACCUUCGACUGCCUCUUCGAGCUGCUGGAGCACUACGUGGCGGCGCCGCGCCGCAUGUUGGGGGCCCCGCUACGCCAGCGCCGCGUGCGGCCGCUGCAGGAGCUGUGUCGCCAGCGCAUCGUGGCCGCCGUGGGUCGCGAGAACCUGGCGCGCAUCCCUGUUAACCCGGUACUCCGCGACUACCUGAGUUCCUUCCCCUUCCAGAUCUGACAGGCCGCCGCCGUGCCCGCAGCAUUAAGUGGGGGCGCCUUAUUAUUUCUUAUUAUUAAUUAUUAUUAUUUUCCUGGAACCACGUGGGAGCCUUCCCCGCCUGGGUCGGAGGGAGUGGGUGUGGAGGGCGAGGUGCCUCUGGCUUCUGGCCAGAGACCCCAUCCUGCCUCUCGGGGGGGCCUCCCCUCCUGGUGCUCCCUCCGGGUCUCCUGGUUGUAGCAGCUUUUGUCUGGGGCCAGAAAGAACCUGAACUCCACUCCUACCUCUCCAUGUUUACAUAUUCCCAGUAUCUUUGCACAAACCAGGGGUGGGGGAGGGUCUCUGGCUUCAUUUUUCUGCUAUGCAGAAUACCCUAUUUUAUAUUUUUACAGCCAGUUUAGGUAAUAAACUUUAUUAUGAAAGUUUUUUUUAAAGAAAAAAAGAUUUCUGAAGUGUAUACU